AUGCAAAACGUAAGAGUACGCACCGGUAUAGUGGAUUUUUUGCCGCGCACGACUUUGGGCUCGAGCCCCAAGAAUCUGAGCGGUUCCAUCCGGGGUGAGCUAGGGGGUCUCAGCAAGCUGCAGGUGCUUCAUCUCGGUGUUAACCUUCUUGACGGGCCCAUCCCCGGAGCGCUGGGAGCUCUUGGCGAGUUGAAGGAACUUGGGCUCAGCAACAACAAACUCAGCGGAACAAUACCCAAGCAACUCGGAGAUAUGACCAAGCUUGAGCGCGUUUGGAUCAACACGAACAAGCUCACCGGUUCCCUCCCACCCCAGCUUGCAGCCCCCCGGGCACUGAGGUUGCUACAUGUCCAGGAAAACCAGCUGACCGAUAUACCCAGAGCGACGGCGGAAACGUUCAACGCAAAACCUUGGCUUAGGGAUAUCAAGCUAGAACUCAACCGGUGGAAAAAUCCUCCGUGGCAAGUGAUCCAAGGCGGCUGGUACCAGGUCAUCAGCUUCUACGAGGGGUUGGCACAGUCCGGGGGUGUCGCUGUUGUACCAAGUCUAAAGGUGGUGCUCGUUGGUGCGGUGCACGCCGGCAAGACCACUCUGACAAGGGGCCUGCUGGACGGAAAACUCGCAAAAGUUCCGCCACCCAGGACUCGUGGUGUCGACGUACACAUCAACCCAUGGACGCCAAACUUCGACCCCGCGGUUGAGGUGGUUAUCUGGGACUUCGCGGGCCAUGAUGACUACUACUCCACCCACCAGCUAUUUCUGACCUCAGGGUCAUUGCACGUGCUCGUCGUGGACCUCCACAAGUUCGUGUGUGACCCUUCCUCGACGGGGGACACAGUCUACGUGUGGCUGGACUCAUUGCUUUGCCGGGUACCCGGAAGCGUUGUCCUGGUCGUGGCUACACACGCAGACGCUUUUGGUGAUAACCGCGAGCGCUCGGCGGCCGCCUUGAGCAAGCUAGAGGCAGCGAUAAACGAUCACUUGAAGGAGAAACGCGAGGAGUGGCAGACUGCUCAGCGACAGGCCGAGAAAGCCAAGCAGACGCCACAAGACCGAUGUGGUCCCCUGGCAAGUGGUUCAACGACAGGAUACCCGGCGGAUCACGCAGCAGCACCUCCGCCCACGCUCCAGCUGUGCGGCUUCAUCUUGGGCUCCGGCCGCAGUUUGGAGGACCUUUCGGUUCUUGGGAGAAAGAUCUGGGAGAUCGCCAACGAGGCGUCCCUGUUCCCGGACAUCCAUCAGACGGUCCCCAAGUCCUGGAGGAGGGUGUGGGCCGUCAUGGAUGCGUUGCGCGAGGGAGCAGACCCCCAGAAAGCGGUGCGACUGGACGGUCCUCUUGCCCCGGUCGAAGGGCGCGAGAAGCGCGAGUUUGUGACCCGGGAAGCGGCGUUCGAAGCGUGGUGGGGUGUGGAUGGCGAAUCAGUGGCGGAGCUGAAGGCCAAAGGCCCAGACAGCCAACAACUCAAGCAGGAUUCCUCACGCCUCUUCCAGGCGGCGCUCAAGCUGCGGCAGAUGGGUGGAUCAGUCCUGGCGGCGUGUGGCCUGGUCCACCUAAACGUUGCCUGGAUCAAUGAGUUGCUGCGAGAGCUCCUGGACCAUCGCCUGGCAGAUCCAAAGCAGGCUAAGUGGUGGGUUGAGCAGCUGAAGACGUACUGCCACGACCGCGGCGUCAAGUUCAACAGGCUCAUCGGCAUCCACAGGCGCUUCGUCAUAACGGGGAUGCUCACGAAGGAGUACCUUCGUUUUCUGUGGCGGGAGGUAAAGGCGGUCCAGGACGAGGAAGUGUUCGACCGCCUGGUCGAUACGAUGGCUCUGCACGACGCUAUGUUCCCGUGCGAAAAGAAUGGGGUCCUUGAGGAAGGAGAGUUCAUGGUACCCGCUCGACUCCCAGCCAGCGUUGCUUGUGCCUCCCUCGCGGAGCUGGAGAAUGCAGUAUCUCAAGGUACCCGGAUGCAGUUCGUCAUCAAUAUCGAGGCCGGCUAUGUCCCGCCGGGAAUCAUCCCACAAUUUCUCGGCGAAUUGAAACGUAGGGACGGCGGGAUUUCCGGAGACUUCGUGUUUCACGUUUCCUGGCACCGAGGGGUGGCGUUCAUGACGGCAGGGCAGGAGAUCCUUGUGCGCCUCGGGGAGACUUGUGCUCCGUCCCAACGUGUAGUCGAGGUGAACAUUGCCGGAGGUGCCGAAAAGGACGUGUACGCCACUGGUUUUGGCAUUAAAAAUCUUGUGGUACGUCUUCUGGAACAGCGGUACCCAGGGCUGGACUUCGACCCUGAGACUAAGCCCACCUUUAAGAAGGGGAGAGAAGCCUGGCAGGAUACCCGGGCCGCGCUUCGGGGAGACUUGGUCGAAGAGCUGGAACCAAACCUGGAGGCCGUCCUCAGAAAGAUCCUGGAACCCUCCAGCAGUCCAGGCGACGGUCUUGCGGAAUCCAACACGCUCAUCCCGAAACUCAUCGACGGGGCUCUGGCGAAGAGGCUCAGUAGCUUGUGCUCAGACAUGCAGCUAGACGUCAACCGCAAGCUGAACGAGACGACCAUGAAGGUUGUGGCCGGCGUGGAACAAGUCGUCCAGGCAAACCUGUCGAACGCGGCGGUUGCUGGGCUGAGACCGACAGAGAGGGACAUCCUGGUUGGCGUGGCGCGGGAAGUGGCCAUUUUGCGGUGGCCAAUCCCCCGCUUUGUGUGCGUGCUCCCCGCCCGGGACACGCGCCUCUCGGAGAGCGAUAGAUCUUUCGAAAAGUGGUCGACCGCACUAAAGGAGUGGUGCGCGUCCAAGAGCCCCGCGAAGGACGCGAAGAACCCCAACCGGAAGACCAGCAUCCUCGGCUUGAAUAAGCCCCAGCUUAGGGGGCUCGUGACGCGAGAACUCCGCCUAUUCUUCCUCUGUGGCCAAGACAAGAGCCUGGCCGAGUGUGGGCCCGAUGGUCAAGGGUACGAGGUGAAGGAGUUUUUAGAUUGGGUAAGGAAAGCGGCACCGGCCGCGAAGAUUGGACUGGCCCUCGCUUCGAUCGCGUUGAAGGUGUGCACCGGUCUGGCAGUGUCUACCGACACAUUCGAGGCGGCGUUCGGGACAUCAGAGGACAUGUCCGCGUUCGUAGAGGACGCGCUGUCCGCGGGCAUCGAGGGGACGACGAGCAAGGCCGGCAAUAGGCUGGACAGGCUUCAGAACAGUGGGCCGUCGGAACGGCUACCCCACGCUGGUGUACGCGGUGACGGAAUGCAAACGCUUAUCCCUUUGGAAGGGUUUGACUACGACAAGCUAAAGGAGGUGAUCAAGAGCUUCGAGGUGGACAGAACGCAGAGAGAUGGUUCUCGUUACCCCAGCUUCGACACCACCAUGAAUAUCGUGGACAGGCGCGGGCAUGGCGUGGAGUGGGCAUGGGUCAGGAACCGAAACAUCGACCAGUUCGUUGGUGAAAGGUAG